AAUGGUGGAAGGUUUGCCUCUCCACGCCCUGCCUGUUUCUCCAAUCAGCCUGCGCUUCCUCCAGACCGCCUUUCAGCUCAAACGCCUUCACUCUCCGAUUAAAACCACAGAAAUCCGCGAUUCGUGAUACUUUCUGGACUAGGGGAUUUUCAAGCUAGAUAGACUCUACACUCACACUGGGAACACGGUGUUGGGAAGUCGGUCAGUUUCCAGCUGUCCUGGGUGUGUUUACUGGUGUAGACUCUAGUAGAUAAAGAAAAGUAGACGAGGAUGUCUGGGGAUUUGCCACUGAACAUCAACAUCAAAGAGCCGCGAUGGGAUCAGAGUACGUUUAUGGGCAGAGCCCAGCACUUCUUCACGGUGACUGACCCAAGAAAUGUGCUGCUAUCAAGUGAGGUUCUGCAGGAAUCCAAAGACAUUGUGGAGAGUUACAGGCAGGGUGUAGUGAAGCCAGGCCUGACGGAGGAUCAAUUAUGGAGGGCCAAAUACAUCUACGACUCUGCCUUUCACCCAGACACGGGUGAGAAGAUGCUGCUGGUUGGACGCAUGUCCGCACAAGUUCCCAUGAACAUGACCAUCACAGGCUGUAUGCUUACAUUCUAUAGGACAACUCCAGCAGUUGUGUUCUGGCAGUGGGUCAACCAGUCCUUCAACGCCAUUGUCAACUACACAAACCGCAGUGGAGAUGCACCAAUUACUGUAAAUCAACUUGGAGCAGCCUAUGUCAGUGCCACCACCGGAGCUGUGGUCACUGCUCUUGGACUCAAGUCGCUAACCAAGCGUCUGCCAGCAAUUAUUAGCCGAUUUGUUCCAUUCGCUGCAGUGGCAGCAGCUAACUGCAUCAACAUUCCCUUCAUGAGACAAAGAGAACUGAAAUAUGGUAUUCCAGUCACUGAUGAGGAGGGAAACCGCCUGGGAGAGUCUGCUAGUGCUGCUCAGCAGGCCAUUGCACAGGUGGUGGUGUCUCGAAUCGGCAUGGCAGUGCCAGCCAUGGCUAUUCCCCCAGUUAUCAUGAAUUCUUUGGAGAAGAAAGCCUUCAUGAAGCGCUUCCCUGUGCUUAAUGCACCAGUACAGGUCGGGCUUGUUGGAUUAUGCCUGGUGUUUGCCACUCCACUGUGCUGUGCACUUUUCCCACAAAAGAGCUCUAUGAAAGUGAGCAGCCUGGAGCCUGAGCUGCAGGAGAGUAUACGACAGAGCAGCCCUCAUACUACAACCGUUUAUUUCAACAAGGGCCUGUAGAGCAGUUUUUCUCUCCCUGCCCUGUAAUGUUGCACUCUGAUAUAAUGGAUUUUAGUGGGCACAAUUUGAAGGGUAAAUACAUAUGUAUUUUUUUGGUUUGUCUAAAACUUACAUUUACUACACAUUUAUCUCAUUUUGCUUUGCUUUGUCACAUUUCCCUUUCCUGAAGAUAAUAUGCAAUUCAGAUUUAUUGUAUCUGUUCAGUAGAUGGAGUGAUUUGCCUAGUUUGAAGUGGUACUGUGAGGGUUGUUUGUGGUUUGAAAGGUUGAGGGUAUUAUGAAGAGCUGUUGUCACAUAUAUAAUGGUAUUAAUAGGUAUUCUAUUUUGCUAAGUUUUAUGCAAUGUAUCCCAAAAAAUGACCUGAAUUGUAUGUAUCAUUAUUUAUUUUUGCUUAUAGUUAGAACACAUGAGCUGUGUAUGCUUAAGAUAAUCUGAAUUGUUCUUUAAGACCUCUGCGUUUCUUAGCUAAACAUCAGUGUAUAGUUCCAGUUAGAUCUAUACUCUCUGAAAGCUAAUGAGCAAAUGCAGUUAUAGAAAUAAGUGUGACUCCUAGGAUUAUUUGAACCAGCAUUAAUGGCUUCAUAUCGUACUCCUGUAUGUGCCAUUAAAGUGCACUUAACCUGUAUCUCCUACAUGAAUUAAAACACUCCAGGCGACACGCCAGGCCAUCAUUCUCCGACUACAACUAAAGGCUGUGCUUAGUCAGUGUCUGUAUUUCUAAGCCUUAUGUAUGAUCUAACUAAUCUGAGUUGACUGGUGCGCACACACACUUUAACUGUUGUAUGGUUUGUGUAUAAGAAUAAUCUUGACAGUAUCACUGAAAAUGGUGGGGGUGUGUUGUGAUUACUAUGUUGUCUAGUUUCUACCUAUAGUAUAUGCCUUUGUGCCCUAAAACAAAUUAUAGUUGUGAAAGAAUGUGUCUGACAGCUAUUGAUGGAAACAUUAAAAGGUGCAGGUCCUUUAUUAUGAUGAUUUUAAUUCUGUUACAUUAUACUGGCAGCAUAGAUCUUAUUGGCUCCUUGUUGGCUGAAUUUUUUCAGAAAAGUGCACAGCUGGCCUCUUGGGGGCAAUAAUUUCAGAUUUCAUCAUAGAGCACUGCCUACUAGCAUAAUCAUUCAUUGGUUUUUGUCUUGAUUUAGAAGUUUUAUGCAAAACUGAGCUUAUUGUACCUUUACACAGUGAUUGUGUGUGAAUAUAAAUAUAUACUAUAUAUAAACCCCCAUUUAAAUGGAUAAACUGUUUAAAUGUACUUGUGUAGACACUUGGCCUUGAUAGUUGUUCCAUGUUCUCAUUCAUAGUUUGGCUCAUCCAUGAAUGUUUGAUAUUAUUUAUUUUUUAAAUAUUUAUUUUUUCAUUGGAAGGAUAUUGUACCAAAAAUAUGAUCAUUGGUCAGUGUAAUAGCCUGCCCUGUAUGUUUAUGAAAUGCAUCACUUUUUGGAGUUUCUGUUAUAACUUGAGCAGACAUGAUCAAAUAUUUACUGCAGCUGUUUCUGCAGAUGAAUUUAGCAUUUUUGUUUCUACUUCCUUUACCACUUGAAACAAGUUGUAGAUUUCUAGUAGGUGAGGAAAACUGUAUAAAAAUGUUCUUUUUUUACUACAGAGAGACAGCUGAAGUUUCUACUACCGCACAGUUACUUUUUAAUGCAUAGCCGAGUCUUGGGCUGAAACUAUGCACAUGCUGUCUUUUUUUUUUUU